CAACUGGCGUGUGGUUUGUUAAGUUUAGACAGCACAUUGAAGUUCUCAAGUUGGAUGGAAAGCAAGUGAGCAGUUUGCUGUAUUUUACCUACUUUCGCAGUCUGGAGUAAAGUUACCCAUCACGUGCUUGUUUUGUGUCACAGGAGACGGGCAGAGCCUCUGGGGCGGCCAUGUCUGGGGGUGGUGCCGCCAACAACAGCUGGACCAUCCUCACAUCAGAGGAGACGGCUGCUGAAACCCUGAGGCCCCUCGCAGAGGGAAUGAAGACGCAUGAUGAAAGCCUUACAUCUGCUGCAGGAGCCGGAGAGAAAAAUCAGCCUGCAAAGAGCAGCGAUUCUGCAGAAAGGCUCCAAAAGGUGGGUUACAAAGCAUCUGAAGAAAAAACAGCAGAUCAAAGUGCAGAGUCACACUCUGAUCAGAACUCCGCUGCUCCUCCACCUGCGGAUGUCUCUGGCACCUUGGAUCAUGAUGUAGAGAGCAGAGCUGAAGAUUUUUCAUCAUCUGACUCUUACACCAUCCUCACGCCUUCCCCUGAUAGGCCCCAAGCCUCACUGCUCAGCACAGAGACUCUUGGAGGUGCAGAGUUUUCUCAGGCAGAAGAAGAGCUUCCGAAAGAGGAAGUACCUCAUCUGCAAAAUGAGGAUCAGCCACAGCAGGAAAGAGAGGAGUCAGGAGGGCAUCCACACACUGCGGACAUGGGGAAAGAUGGAGGUGUUGAAAGGACAGAGAAAACAGGAGAGAAGGAAGAGCCAGAAACGAGGAGGAAAAAGUCACUUCUGGAGCAGAUUGGCAGGAAGGAUGAGGAGGAAGAAGAGCUGGAAGAAGAAUUUCAGGUGCCGCAGCAAGAGAAUGAGGGCGUGUUCUCUCUGAACAAGUGCAUUCUGGCCGCUCUCAUUCUGUUGGGCCUGGGCACCAUCUUCUUCUCUGGUGUCCUCAUGGACCUCGAUGGGGAGGGCGACUAUGCAACAAGAGAACUGAAGGAUGCAGAAGCAGCAGGAAAACAGGAGUGGUUAAAUUCUGGAGUACCUCCAGGUUUAGAUCCCAGCAGCUCUGAGCUCCUAAAUAAGUUAGAUGAAGAGAGCCGGCAGGUUUCUGCUCUGCAAGCUCAACUUCAGGCACAGAAAGAGGAGCUAAAAGUAGCAAAGGAGCAGGCAGUGGAGGGAGCGAAGGAACGGCUGCUGUGGGAGGAGGUGGAGAAGGAAAACAGUAGGUUGAAGACGGAGAUUGCUUCUCUCCCUGUUCUUCAGAACGAGAACGACAGGAUGAAGAAAGAGCUGGAGUCUGUCCCAAGUCUUCAGAAAGAGCUAGAAACCCUGAGAUCCACUGUGACAAACUUAAAACUUUCCCCAGCAACCAGUCAAGCAGAUCAAGAAAGCAAGAAGCCCUCUACAUCACCACCUAGUGGCCAGACGGAGGAUGGCAGGCAGGACGGUGCUGGGCUGACACACAAAAAGCCCAGGAAGACUUGGGAUGAGCAGAGGCAGAAGGAUUUAAAGGGGGAUGCAUAUGAAAGGGAUGCCAAGAAACAGUGGAAAGAGAGAGAGAAGUCUGUCAGGAAGGAAGGAGGAAAAGAGUCUAAAAAGGGAGAUAAAAUGGAGUGGAAGGAGGUAAAACCGGAGCAUGGGAAGUUCGAAAUGGACAAAGAUAAGCUUGAUAAGCAAAAGAGGCGAAACGAUGAGAUAAAACGGGGGAAAGAGAAAGAGUUGAAGAAAAAAGGUGGAAGGGGAGAUGAAGGAAGACCCUGGGAGGAUACAGGAAGUAGGAAAGAGGGGAAGGAAGGGAGCAAUUUGAAAAAAGGGAUCUCUGAGAAAGUACAUGAGGGUAAAGAAUGGACGGGUAAGAAAAGGAAAGAGGAAGGGAGAGAAGGAAAGCAUCACAAGAAGCCAAAGGAAAAGGAGGCAUGGAAGGAAGACAUGGACUGGAAGAAAGGGAAACAUGGAACCAAGGAAAAGCAGGAGAGGAAAGACUGGAGGGAGAAAGGAGAUAAGAAAGAUCCUAAAUGGAAGGAUACGGUUGACAAAGAUCGUAUUAAGGAAGGGAAGGGAAAGGGUGAGAGGAAGCAUUGGGACAACGACAAAUAUCAGGGUAAAGACAUGACGGGGAAGGAUGGGAGAAAAAAGUGGAACGACAAUGAGAAGAAGGGCAAAAACGGGAAACAAGAGAAGAAAUUGAAGAUGGAAGAAACCUUUGAGCAGUUUAAAAACAAAGAGCCAAAACUGAAAGAGAAAAAGCACAAUGUAGAAUGGGAAAAAGAUCUGUUGCACCUCUUGAAAAGGAAAAAGGAAGCCCAAUCUCCAGCUCACCAUGGUCACAAGGAGGAGCACAGGUACGGAGAAGGAAAUCCCAAACACAGCCACCCCAAACCGUCCAUGGGACAACCAGAAUACUGGCGCCAACAGAGGGAACGCCUCCAACAUGACUCCAGACCGCCGCAGCAGUGUAACACGCUGGAAACCUGUGCCCAGGCAGAGGGGCUUCUUCCUGUACCACUAUCAGAGUUCCAGUCUGUACUACAAACGUAUCUAACCAAGGCGGAGGAGGCCGGAGUGGACGCUUCCAAAACAUCCGAACUCAGGAAUCUCAUCUUGGAGUUCUUUAAGGAUGGGAUGUUUGUGCACGAUCAGAGGAGCUUCCAGGACUUUGUCGAUGAUCUGGCAGAUAUUUUGGAAGACAUGGUGGAGGUGGAGGAUGGUGGAGAGGAAGAUAGUGACCUGGAGGAUGAAAUGGAAGGAUUUGAAAAGGAAGUUCUGAAAAAGUUCUCCCUACCAGUAGGCAGAGAGAAGGAGAGGAUGAAAGGAGAACAGGGGAAAGAGGUUAGAGAGGAGCGUGGCUGAUUGUUUCGAUUGGCUGGACGAUCACAGUUACUUCACUAUGUGUAUCGGUCAUCCGUUUUUGAGCCACUACAAUCUGUUAAUUUGAGUCACUAAACUGUAGAAUGUCUUUGUUAUUCAUACCUGCUGUAUUUCUGAUGGAAUGGCUGCUAAGCUUGAAUUUUUUCAGCAUCUGAAGACUGAAACUUUUGCCCAUUCCGCUUUGCAAGAUCGCUGAACGCCCAGUCAGAUCGGGUUGGGAGCAUCUGAUGAUAUCAAGUUUCUAAUACAGAUUCUCUGUUUGCGUUAAUUCUGGGAAAACCUCUGACUAGCUUCUCUCUCUCUGCUGAAGAAGGCAUCGUCACAACAUCAUACAGCCACUACCGUGCAUCUUCAAGCUGUUUUUUGACCUCCAUCACAUAAAAGAUUUUGCAUAUGGGUCAAACUUUGUUUUGUUCUCAUCUUACUUGAGCUACUUCUCCCACGUUUC